AUGGCCGAACCGGCUACAUUAGUAGACAAUCGAUAUUAUCCGGGAGAUAUAGCAUGGAUGUUAAUUUGUACUGCGCAAGUGUGGCUUAUGGUUCCUGGCAUAGGUUAUUUUUAUAGUGGCAUGGCAAGAAGUAAAAAUGCACUUUCUCUUAUUUUACUUUGCGUUCUUUGCGUUGCCGUGGUUUCCGUACAGUGGUUUGUAAUAGGGUACUCUCUAACAUUUAGUACGAAAGGAGGUAGCUUUAUAGGAAACGUAGAUCAUGCGUUUUUCAUAAAUCUUAAAGGCGAUCCUUCUUUCGCAAAUCCGAGAAUCCCGGAUACCGUACAUGCAAUUUAUCAAGGAAUGUUCGCAGCAGUUACGCCAGCAUUAGCAAUUGGCGCAGCAGCCGAAAGAGCAAGAGUAGUUCCAAUGUUGAUAUUUAUAUUUAUAUGGACAACGCUAGUCUACGAUGUUAUUGCAUCAUGGUCUUGGUCAUUGAAUGGGUGGUAUGCACAAUUAGGUGGCUUGGAUUUCGCAGGAGGUACGCCAGUACAUAUAACAUCUGGCGCAGCAGCGUUAGCAUAUUGUAUUGUGCUAGGAAAAAGGCAUGGACACGGUACUGAUGAAUUUAAACCACAUAAUGUAGCCAAUGUUGUAUUAGGUACUGCAAUGUUAUGGUUUGGGUGGUUUGGAUUUAAUGGAGGGUCCGCUUAUUCAGCUAAUUUAAGAUCUGUAAUGGCAAUUACUUCUAGCAAUUUAGCGGCAUCCGUGGGUGGAAUAACAUGGAUGUUGCUAGAUUAUAGAUUAGAAAAGAAACUAUCAGCUUUAGGAUUUUGCUCGGGAGCUAUAGCAGGAUUAGUCUGCGUAACUCCAGGAAGUGGAUAUAUCAAACCGCAAUCAGCUAUUGCAUUUGGAAUUGUUGGUGGAACAUUUUGUAAUUUGGCCGUUAAGUUGAAACAUUUGUUGGACUUUGAUGACGCAUUGGAUGUUUUUGCUGUUCAUGGAGUCGGUGGUAUAUGUGGAAAUUUACUAACUGGUAUAUUCGCACAAAAAGAAGUUGCGGCUUUAAGUGACGAAGUAAUUAAAGGCGGUUGGUUAGAUGGAAAUUGGGUGCAAGUGCUUUAUCAACUUGCUGACUCCUGUGCUGGUUUGGCUUAUAGUUUUUGUAUUACCUAUAUUAUUUUGUUCCUGAUGGAUAAAGUUCCCGGUUUAAGUCUUAGAAUUGAUCCAGAUUCUGAACACCUUGGCAUUGAUGAAGCUGAAUUGGGUGAAUUAGCUUAUUAUCAUGUUGACCGUGUUGCUAAUAUGGUCCACUUACAAAACUCGAAUAUGAAUACUAACGCUAUUUCUAUUAAUCAUGAUAAAAGUUCUGGAUCUAUUAUGCAAUCAAAUAAUCAAUACUUUGGCGAUUCAAAUCAUUAG